AUGUGCUGCUCCCCUUGCUGCCAGCCCAGCUGCUCUGGGUCCAACUGUUGCGGAUCCAGCUGCUGCUGCCGCCCCUGCUGUGUGUCCAGCUGUUGCCAGCCUUGCUGCAGCCCAUGCUGUGUGUCCAGCUGUUGCCAGCCUUGCUGCAGCCCAUGCUGUGUGUCCAGCUGUUGCCAGCCUUGCUGCAGCCCAUGCUGUGUGUCCAGCUGUUGCCAGCCUUGCUGCAGCCCAUGCUGUGUGUCCAGCUGUUGCCAGCCUUGCUGCCGCCCAUGCUGUGUGUCCAGCUGUUGCCAGCCUUGCUGCAGCCCAUGCUGUGUGUCCAGCUGCUGCCAGCCUUGCUGCCGCCCAUGCUGUGGGUCCAGCUGCUGCCAGCCUUGCUGCUCUCCAAAAUGGUGUCAGACCACCUGCUGUAAAACCACCUGCUGUCGGCCUACCUGCUGCUGCCGCCCUUGCUGUGUGUCCAGCUGCUGUCAGCCUUGCUGCUGA